AUGACUACAGGCCAGGACGAGUGCGGCAUGCGCGCGCCGCCCGCCGGCGCCAGCGUGCUCCCGCACCCGCACUACAACACCAAGGCCGCCCGCCUCCGCACCUUCAAAGACUGGCCCAAGAGCAUGAAGCAGAAGCCCGAGGAGCUCGCCGAGGCCGGCUUCUACUAUACGGGCCAGAGCGACAAGACCAAGUGCUUCUACUGCGACGGUGGACUCAAGGACUGGGAGGAGGACGACGUCCCGUGGGAGGAACACGCGCGUUGGUUCGACCAGUGCGCGUACGUCCAGCUCGUCAAGGGCCGAGAUUACGUCCAGAAGGUCAAAUCGAAGGCGUGCGUCGUCCCCAAAACGGUACCCGAUAUGAAGACGAACAAGUAAGCAACCACACCAACUAGUUAAGAUUUUUUUUUCUCUCUCCCUAUUAAAGAUACAGUUAAAAUUAUCAUUAAGUAUAAUCUAUUAAUCAAAUUUAUAAUCUUAAUAAUGUAUAAUCAAUUCUAUAAACAUGCAGACACGUCUGCGAGCGAUAUUCCAAAUUCUACUAUCUAUUAAUCUAUUAAUUAUAAUUAAUUUACGAUUACUACUUGAUGACGAAAAACAAAACAUGAAUAUAUGUUAAAAAAAUAUAUAUUCACCAGUUAACCACAAGUAAUUAAUUUUAAA